AAAAAAAAAAAAAAAAAAAAAAAAAAAAAAAGAAAGAAAGAAAAAACAUGCUCUUUCGCUUGCUUUUCCUUUCCAGAGCAAACAGCGAGUGGGGGCCGACACCAGGCAUUCUCUCUUCUCCCCUCCCCCUGUACAUUCCUCCUCAGAAAGCAGCGUCGCAGUGGUAUACGUUCUUGGGCAUUAUGACAUAGCACUUCACGUCUAGACUCCUUUUCCGGUUUUCUGUCUAUCCUCGGCAAAGAGAGAGAAAGAGAGAAAAAAGAGCGGGCCAUGGCCGACGAUUGGGUCCGUUGGCGUGCUCGGCACCUGCAAGCUGGCCCAGAAAGGCGUGCGACGGCCAUCAAAACAGAAAAAGGGCCUCAUUUAUCUUGUUUCCCGCCAGCCCCCUAAACUACCGGUAUAGCGGGGAGGAUUAUAGCCCAGGCGGGCCUUUUCAUCAAACGGUUUUUUUCUUUCUUGUUCCCCUUCUUGCCUUGUUCCGUCGUUGAUGAAUUUUUUAUUUUAUUUUAUUUUAUUUUUUAAGCUAGGGAAAUCUCUAUCGCUUUUUGCAUCGCAUCGCAUCGCAUCGCAUAACAUCGUAUCGCCAUCGUGGUUUAGCGUAGCCAGCACCCGCAGUAAACAGGGAUCCAAGUACUCCUACUAGUGGUAUGCAUGAAAAUGGUACAAGUAAAAGACCUCCAUAGACACAAGAGACGGAUAAGGCACCUCGCUCAAAGGGGUUCUUACAAGACAUCCACGUCAACAACCAUCAGGCAGAAAAGAAGCAAAAAUGAAAAACCAAGACAGUGGAAAAGUGCUGCAGUGUAAUGAGCCCGAGCAGCAAUUACUCAAAUCGGCCCCCAAACGCCGCCAUAUCGGGAGGGGGAGCCCACAGCAGAGCGACAAAGAAGAAAACCAAGCAAAAAGUGAGGGUCCCAAGACUGUUUUUUACGUAUACCCCCGCCGAAAAGGGGUGUCAACGCAGUAAAGCCCGAAGCUGUUCGGACGCAUGUCCCGAAGCCUUGCGCUCAGCCCUUGACAGAUCCGCUGCCGAAGGUGGGGGCGCACUGGCAGGGGGCCGCACGUGAUUGGCCGCGGCGGAGCGCACGGGGCAACGGCGUCGAGAUUCCCGGUCUUCCUUGCAAGAGAGAAAAAAAAACAGCUUCGAGGUACCUCUGCGAUACUGGCGCCUAGGGCCCAAUGCAGCUAGAGUGUCUCAGUACCGUUCAGGUAGAGUGUCUCAGUACCGUUCAGGUAGAGCGAGCAUGGGGCAUGGACGAUGACCGCGAUUCGAACCCCAGAGAUCUGCCUAGUGCCACCACCACCACCGCCUCCCACUACUGUAGCUAAGCUGUAUAAGCCACCUCUCCUCUUUUCAUC